AGAGGCCAAGCGGAUUUAUCUUUGCACCAAGUAUGUAUAGCGUUUCGGGACGAUAAAUUGGUGUUUUCAACGAUUUAAUAUUCAAUAGUCUUGGCAGCUUUGAUACAUGAUAGAAUUGAAAUGUUGUAUUUCUAUCGUAGGCGCACGUAUACAAGUGUGUAGUGUCGUGAGCGUACACAAGACACACUGUUCUGUAUGUGGCCAUUUCCAUGUCAAAAGUUAUGUUGUAUGAAUUUUUGAGACUUAUACUACCAACAACAUUUUCAAAUGUAUCGCUGGCAAAAUCAUAAUACGUUUUCAUAUUGAAUCGAUACUCUAUUGGUGGCACACUCAGAUCACAAUUUGUUGAUGCGCGUACAAUUAGACCACCAAUAGGAUCCAUCAUAUCGUAUGGUCGAUCAUUGUACUCUUGUUGCAGUUUAGACCACACGUCCACCGGCGACGACGACUCAUUACAAUUGAACAGUGUUCGUACACUAACACCACCAAUUUGACUUGCAUACGCAUAACGUUGGCUAUAGGUUAGAUUGGUUGCAACAGUUUGCUUGUAUCGAAACACAUCCGUUAUGUAGACGGCUGUCGAAUGUCUAUACUCCCAAUAGUUCCAAUUUCUUAUAUUGCCAGUCUCGUCCACCGGCAGUAUUACAGCUUCAAAUGUGGCAGACACAUUGAAUUUUGUGUCGUACAAUAAUCCAUAUUGUAAAUCACCAUACCUAUUGUAGCAACGUGUUUGGUUCCCAGUUGAAUUAAUAACCACAAAAAAUCCACGGUACAAUGGCUGAACAACAACUGUAUCUUUGGCACAGCGCAUAAUAACAUCUAGAAAUUUAUCAUAGCAACGCAAUGGUCUUGGUCUUAUGAUAUAUCGAAAAUUUUUCGGAUCAAUGUCAGACGUUAGUGCUACAAAUUGAUUUUGCAUUAGAGAUUGUGUCUGUCUGUUUAAACUGUUUUCAACAUAGUGCCUAUCGACGACUCGCGGAUCAUGCUGUGUAGCCGUAUGUAUAGCAUUGUAAUAUUGUAGGAAAUUUUCUGUCACCAGUUUAGACUGCGCUACUCUUUGAACAUUGUUGCGGUCGUCGAUCAUCGAUUCGUCACGAAACAAGAGGUUUCGGAUGUUGUUAAUAAACUGUAUAUAAUAAGUUGAACUAAUAUUGUGCAUAACUAGUCUUUCGUCAAUGGUCAGCUCAUCGUCGCCGCCGCCACCCAGUGUAUUUCCAGCUCUUAUGAGUGACAUAAGACCCCAUAUAGUCAAUUGAUUAUUGACUCUAUCAAGAAACACAUCGUUGUUACUAUUAUCGGCACAAGCAAAGGUUUCGUAUAUGGAACGAACGCGGACCACAUUCAGUGUAGGUUGAACACACAAUUUGUGUACAACACCGUCAAUUUUUUCAUUUGUUUCCUUUAUCAAAUUUUCAAUAAGUUUGUGUGUAUAGACUGAAUUGUUUUUGGACCGAUUCACAUUGGAUAGUAUAAAAAUUAGUGCAGCUAUAUGUUUAGAGUCGAAUGUUCUCACUAUUUCCCACAACUUUAUUCGUGUUGGUUCAUAAUUGUAGAAAAUUUUCAACAAAUUAUCAACGUACAACAAACGUGAUUUUUUCUGUACAGACAUGUUUUUUGAAUAUUAUUUACUGGGCUCUUACAAUGCACAAGUUGGCUGUAGACUAUUGAUAAACUGUAAAUGCUAUAGAGACUACAAUUGUGAGACUACUUUUAUUCAAAAAAUAAUAAACGAAAGACAAUCCUAUAUGGGCUGUAUAGCUUACGAGUCGAAAACACGUAAACGUGUUGGACAUCGAUCAGUACCAAUAAUGUUGGGAAGCUAUAUUGAUUUUCGUAUACGCGGUAAGCAGGCAGUUCAAAAUAGUCGAGCACAAUGGGGCGCUGUAAUACUCAAAGGUAUGGCCAAAUUUUAUCCAUCGUUUUCAACAUUUGACGCUUUGUCUAUGCAUAUGCGCGAGAAACGUGGACACAAAAUUAUCGAAUGGUAUACAUAUGUAGACGGUGAAGGUUUAGCUAUACGCUACGAGAAUAAAACGGUUGAAUGGACUUUUAGACGUGAAACAAACAGCAAUAAUUGUCCAGACCAAGAUGACAAUAUGUUCAGGAACAAUAACGAAUGGGUUGCACUACUCAAUAAAGCCAACCCGUUCAUCACUAAUCGUACUGUUCUUGCCUCUGAAUACAUAACCAUGUUUGAUAUUAUACUAACCUAUCCUUACGACAUGAACGAUUUGAAAAAUAGACAAUUGUUGAACGGUGCUACAAUAAUCAACAAAUAUAUCGAUUAUGAUUUGGCAAAGAGAAAGAAAAAGAUGGGUGUAGGCUGCCAGAAAAUGUCGACAGCAUUUGAGCAGGGCUCUUUGUAUAUUGCACUAAGCAAAAAGAAUAAUACAUGUGAGUCGGAGGAGUGGAGCAAAUCCUAUCCGCAAAACUAUGAUAGUACACUACACGAGGGUCGAAGCAACAAGACAGCUCACUAUUUACAAAAUGUGAUACGAGCGUCGAACGAUGCUGUACGAAACUCGCGAGCUCUAGCAUAUCCGCGCGAUGCCUUUGGCUAUUUUUGCCCGUUGAAUACAAAAGAUUUGAAGUCGGCUGGCGAACAAAAUGUACUAGCCGACUAUGUGAUAAUGACAGAAGAAAGUGAUGAAAUGCAGUUGUUUCAUUUCAUUAAAACUGACAAAAUACUGAAUGUAAUCACAACUAAAGCCACAACACAACCACCGCCGCCGAAUUGUAUGUACAUAAUAAUUAUCAAUGGAUUUUUCACAGAUUGCUAUAUUGACUGGUCAAUGUCAAAGUUUAUAAGACUAAAGCAAGAGUUUCCACAUGUUACAACAAACUAUUAUAAACCGUACAUACUCUUGUCAACAAAGGCUUCGAUUCCCAUCAAGUACCACGACAAGUAUGACAUUUACUUUUCACCGGCUGAAACAACUGAAUACAAAAUUAUGUUUCCAGAAAUGUCGUAUCUUUCGUUGACUGCAAAAACGUUGGACCGCAUAAGUGUUCGAAAGACACCGUCACCGAAAAGUACAGUGGCCAUAAACAAUAUCAAAGGUUGCAUUGCAAAUAUACAGAAUGAAUUCCACUACAAUCUGAUGCGUAUGUCACUUGGUACUACAUCGUACAUUGACAUUGACAAACAGACAAAAGAGAAAAUUAUGACUUGUGCUGUAUUGGGAACGAGCGCAGACACCAAACACUUUCAUACUGUGUACCGGCGUUUGGACGACGAAUUCAAUCUGCAAAGUCAAUUGCAAACCUAUAGUGAUACCGCCAGCAAUGAUAUUGAUCAGCGCAAAGCAACAAUUAGUCUCAUGACAAAACUGUAUGAUCAAAACAAUCUACUUGUCGAGUAUAUAGUUGCCAACGGCAUGCCCUACGAUCGUGUGAGAAAUGUAGAGAGCAGACACCAUGUAGAAACGUAUGUAACCAGUGUAUUUGGGAAAGAUAAUUUCGAUCCACCUCCUGUAUGGAAUCUCCGCUUGUGGGCAAGUUUCGGUAAUGUGAACGGCGCCUGUGUUGAAGAUGGUGUAGUUUUAGAUAGGAAAACGGUAGAUCAAAUACCACCAAUUCACUACAACGCGUGCAUUACUGUGGAUUUCACAUUUGCAACCACAAAACAAUCGGCAACUGCCAAAUUUGUAGCCGUCAACGACACAAGUCUCAAAUACAUAAGCAGCGAAACUUUGAUUGGGUGUUUAAUUUCUGAACGUGAGGUGUUUGUUAAAAACAGCAAACACUGUAAUGCGUUAUGCGGCAAGAUUGGCAAUCAUUAUUAUUAUUUGCUUCACUUUCUACCAAAGAAAAACAAUACAUAUACAAAUUUAAACGUCCACCACAUACUCAGCAAUAAAGUAUUGACUGUAAUUGUUACUGGUGUGCAUGAAGCACCAGUCGGUGUUGGUACCAAAUUUGCAAACUCAUUUGGACAGAAAAAUAUCUGUUCACAAAUAAGCGAUCUAUCGUCGUGUUGGGGAGUUACACGUGAUGGCCGCAAAGUGCAUGCUCAAAUUGUCUACAGUUCUGUAUCACUUAUCGGUCGUGUGCCAUCCGGUCAAGUAUUCAAUAUGUUGACUUCUGACGAUCUAGCUAUUGGACCAAACGGUGAGAUUAUAGCACCAGUUGAUCUUGUAAUACAUUACUUGCAUCCGUACACAAAUAUCAAAGUGUUUGACGUUAAAGUGGAUACACUUACCAAUGUGAAUGGUUUUGAUUCUCAGUGUCUGGCCAAUGUGAGUAGAGCGUUGCGAAUGGAGAGUGUACAAGAUAAAGUUUUACAACUUAUUGGAUUGCACGGAUUCAAAAUACAUAUCAUUGAUUGUGAUAAUGAAGAGCGAAUGGUAGUUGAUGAUGAUGAUGAUGAAGACAAAGACUAGUAGG